GGUGGGCUGCUGGGCGGGGCGGUGUAGGGUGUGCUAGGCCGGUUUUGGUCGGGUGGAGGAGGAGCGCUGAUUGGCAGCUUUCUCGGCCAGGAGGCCUCCUGCUCUUUCAGCAGCCCAGACACCUCAAGCACUUCCACCUCUCAGUUCUGGAGAUGCUUUUUCUUCUCACAGAAUGAGGCGGGGUGGCAGGAGGCUCGGGACUGUUCUGUGUCCUGCUCUGCAAGCAGCAAGCAGACCAAAUUAGCAGUAGUGCUAGAGUGGGAAUUCUUCAGCUCCGUCACUUUGAGGCCUUCUAAGCUACAAGGCAUGUUUACCGUCCAUGGAGUCACCGGAAGAUUGCUCUCCAGUCAAAUAAAUUGUGCCAUUAAACUGACAAAUCGUUUCAUCUUCUGCCUGCCCUUUUGAGCUUGAGCCUGCAUAGAGAUCAGCCACUGGAUCAAGAGCAUAGGGAACCCCACUGAGGACUGGCAACUAAAAUUGGGGCACAGGGGCACUCUGGGAGCUGAGCCUGCAGUCUGUGAGUAUUCAAGUCUGAGUAUAUUCAAGAAGGUUGUGCCAGAAUUGGAUUGAAUCAGUAGACUUUCGGCUGGUGAAGACUUCGGAAUUGCUGUGUUGCUUUAAACAGGGAGAAUUCUUAUUGAUGGUGAUGUGAAAGCAGAAGGAAAACAGAUCCCCCCCUCCUUGACAAACAAAAAUAAAGCAGAAUAAAGGUCCAAUGUGGGAGACAGAAUGUGCAUUUUGAAGAAGACCAAGAUGGACAAGCUGUAAAAGACUCGUCCUCAAAACCCCUGGAAAGGAGAGUGGUUGUGGAGCCUUCCUCUCUUCUGUUGAUUCCAUAGAGCUGCCUUUGGUGUCUGUGGGAGUCAGAAGGAUAUCUGGCCCAUUUAUUGUAUCCUGUUCGGAAGCUCUGCUGUUGGAGUCAGGAUGGCAGCAACUGUCAUUCCUCUGAUAUAUGUUCAGUCUUCUCUGUACCCACUGUCUCCUGAGAAAGGACACACAGGGAAAGAAGGGCUCGCCAGUGAAUUCUUGACAAACUUGAUACAGGAGUUGGUGUCAUUCGAAGAUGUGACUGUGCAGUUCACAGAGGAGGAGUGGGCUUUGCUGGACCCUUUACAAAGAACUCUGUACCGGAAGGUAAUGCUGGAAAACUGGAAGAACCUGGCCUCACUUGGGCGGUGCCUUGAUAAACCAAAUCUGAUAUCCCAGUUGGAGCAAGAAGAGGUUAUAAGAGAGGUCAGAGGAAGUGUUCCAGACAUCUGUCCAGAUUUGGAGCCUGUGCUGAAAGUCAAAUGGCUGGCUCCUAAGAAACACACUUUUGGAAAACUGCAUGCGAAUGGCCAGAGAACAGGAAAACCGGAGGAAAAAGAUCAUCAUGGAAUGAAAAUAAAUGAAUGCAAUCAAUGUUUUAAAGUCUUCAGCACAAAAUCUAACCUUACUCAGCACAAGAGAAUUCAUACUGGAGAAAAACCCUAUGACUGUAGUCAGUGUGGAAAGUCCUUUCGCAGUAAAUCUUAUCUUAUCGUACACAGAAGAAUCCAUAAUGGGGAAAAACCAUUUGAAUGCAAUUACUGUGGGAAAGCAUUUAGUGAUCCCUCAUCCCUCAGACUUCACAUAAGAAUUCACACUGGGGAAAAGCCCUAUGAAUGUAACCAGUGUUUUCAUGUCUUCCGUACCAGUUGUAACCUCAAAAGCCACAAGAGAAUCCACACAGGGGGCGAGAAUCACCAUGAAUGUACUCAAUGUGGAAAGGCCUUCAGUACAAGGUCCUCUCUCACUGGGCAUAAUAGCAUCCAUACUGGAGAAAAACCCUUCGAGUGCCAUGAUUGUGGGAAAACUUUCAGGAAAAGCUCGUAUCUGACCCAGCACUUGAGAACUCACACUGGAGAGAAGCCCUAUGAGUGUAAUGAGUGUGGAAAGUGCUUCAGCAGUAACUUUUCUCUCACUGUACACAAGAGAAUCCACACUGGAGAGAAGCCAUAUGAGUGCAGUCACUGUGGAAAAGCUUUUAAUAACCUCUCGGCUGUGAAGAAGCACUUAAUGACUCAUACUGGCCAAAAGCCCUAUGGGUGCAACCAUUGUGGAAAAUCUUUCACCAGUAACUCCUACCUCUCUGUGCACAAAAGAGUGCACAACAGGUGGAUAUGAAUUGUGGUGAGAAAUUACUGAGAGAAAACUUUGUUGGUCCUAAUAUAACUUGAGAGAAUUUAUAUCAGGAGUACAAAUUAUCUAUUGCUGUGUAAUAUAUGCUCACCUCACAUUUUGUGGCUUUAAACAAAUACCUCACAUUUUAUAGGUCAGGAAUAUAAGGGAACCUUAGUCAUGUAGUUCUUCCGCAGGACUUCUCAUGAGCUUAUAUUCAACAAAUGAAUCUUUUGUUGAAAGAUUCAUCUAAAGUUGUUAUCGAAGGAGCAACUUGUAUGAUGGCUCAUCACAUGCCUGGGAAUUUACUGCUGGUUAUUGACAGGAGACCUUCACCGACUCACCGUAUCGGCAUCUGCUCAUGAUUAUGUUUCUUUAUAAUAUGGCAAAAGAAGAACCUCUCCCCAAGUGUUCCAAGAGAAACCAGCUAACAAAUGAAGUAUCUUUUAUGACCUCACCUCCAAAAGCUAUAGCUUCACACGUUCCCUAUUGCACUCGUCAGAUACAAACCAGCCUUGGUAAAACAUGGGAGAAAACUGUGUGAUAUCUGAAGACAUCUCUCUGAGAAUCAUCUAAGAACCUCACCAUGAAAUUAAUGAAGUCUUCAAUAGAUCUUGAUCCUUUUAAUCCGUAGAAAGUGACACUCAGUAAAUUGUUGAAUCUCUUGGCAGAGACAUCUGUGUGAUAAUGCUUUUUAGCUCACUUCUUGUACUGUGCCCCAAAGAUGCUGUGUUGGAAAGAACCUGGUGGGUAGAAUAUUGGUCAUGUGGUAAUGGUCUUUAGUGAUGUCAGUCUUUUCAGUCUUUCUUCUGGGAAAUCACACAUUUAAAAAACAAAAGAAAUUCGGAAAACUGUACAGCAAAGUGUUCACCUUACUGGCCACAGAUAAUGAGGUGCUCUGCUGUGAUGAUGGGAAACCUUCAGCUGUUUUCCUUUAUGAAAAACCUAUGAGAAUGCUUUCCGAGAAGCCCCCUUGAGUAUCAUAGGCAUUGGCAAGCCUUCGAGGAUUCCUGUGACGUAGGAAGAAUUUGGCAAUGAUUCUUUAAGCACACACAUUAGAGGGCCACCUUAGAAAAGUGACCUAAUAUAAGGAUGCUUCAGCAUCAGCUCUGGCUGAGCAACUGUGUAAUAAUACACUGGAAAUGACAUGGAUGAGUAGGCAGUUCUGUAGGUUCAGUUGUGCCCAGAUUACAACCCCCAGAGAGAGCACCAAAAGCCAGAGAAGUCUGGACUACAAAAGCGUAAUAUGGGCUAGCUCGGAACUCAUCUCCACAUUCGAGGCAGGGAGGAGCUAGGGACCCUCUGUGGGGUUAGCUUUUUAAAGGCAAAAACCACAAGCCCUUCAGGAUAGUCAGGGGGAGGUUAGCACAGGUCCAAGGUCUGCUCUUUCCUGUCCUGUUUUGUCAGCUUGUUUUAUCUUUAGAGCAAGGUCACACUGUCCCUGAGUCAGGACAUCUUUAUCAGUCUCCACCAGGUGGCCAGGUGUGCUUGUGCUUGGGAGGCACUAUCAUUUCUGGAAACAUGAAGCUAGUCUGGGGUUUUUGACUUUAAAACACUCUGCUAGGAAAUUUCUUCUGGUUUCUUUGAGAAUAAGGGAUGAGCGUCUUACACAGUUACCAGCUUAUUAAUUUUAAAUCUUUGUUUUAUAAACAUGUGUGCUUAUUAUGUAUAACCCCAUCCCAAAAACAGCCCUUCAAAUUUCAGUGCAGUGUAUGUAUAGUUUAUAUUUUCAAGGGCUGAGUGUGGUAGCACACAUUAGUAAUCCUAGCAGUUGGGAGGCUGGCAAGGUGAAUUGUGAAUUUGAUGCAAGCUGGAACUGUCUGACGGAGUGCUUUUGUCAAAGUAUAGGACUUUCUGAUAUUGAUCUUUUUGCUUCUUUCUACCUAGUGUCCAUUUUGUCCUGCUUAGGGCCAUCAGGAUGACUCCAUGGGUGAAGGUGCUCUCCACCAAACCUGAUCACCUGAGUUCAUUCCCCAGCACCCAGACAGUAAAAGUAGGCUCUGGUGGCACAUGCCCUUAAUCCCAGCACUCUUAAAGCAGAGGCAGGCAGAUCUCUGAAUUUGAGGCCAGCCUGGUCUGUGAGAGCUUGUUCCAGAACAGCUAGGACUGUAAGAAACCACAGCUCCAAAAACAAAAAACAAACAAACAAAAAUAAAUAAAUAAAUAAAGGCGCCUAAAAGCACACACCUUUAAUCCCAGCACUUGGGAGGAGAAAGCAGGAAGUCAGGAGUUCAAGGCCACUCUGGGCUACCUGAGAUUGAACCAGUCUAAAAGAGAAACAGAGCCAGUUGGUGGUGGUGGUGGCUCAUACCUUUAAUCCCAAUACUUGGCAGGAUCUUGCCUUUGAUUCCAGCACACAAGAGACUGAAGACUUUGAUCCCAGCACUAGGGAGGUAGAGACAGGAUCUCCCUGACUCAGUCAGAGGAUUUGUAGAGACAGGAUCCUCUCCACACCGAUUCGGUCUGAGGUUUCUUAGAGGUAAGAAGUCUAGAGGCUGCCGCUCUGCUCCCCUGAGCUUUCAGCUUUCACCCUAGUAUCUGACUCCGGGUUUUUAUUUAUUAAGACUAAUUAGGGUCGUGCUUCAGACUCCCACAAGUUGUCUGACAUGCAUUCAUGUCAGCCCACAACAAAUAGGUUUUUGUUUUAAUCUAAAAGUGUAUUAGAAUAAUAUUCCUGGAUUUCUUGACGUUUAAAGACACGCACCAUGAACUUUGGAGGCUGAAGAGAAAGCCUGACUUCACAUUUAUCUUCUGUUCCUCUCACGUUUUCCCUUGGCAAGUGGCUGUAAGGUCUGGAGUGAGGAAAACUGUUUGGCUUUCAUCAUGAUGACAUAAGCAGUGGAACAGGAAUUUCCUCCAAAACCUCUGACUGAGUAUGUUAGUUUUACAUUUUUUUUAAAUUCAUGUUUUGUUUAAAAGUAACUCCUUUACUGGUGGAAGCCAACAUGAUUUGCUGUUUGUUUUUGAGGUGAUGUUAAGUUCCAGCUUAAUGCAGUAUCUAAUGGUAAACAGAUUUGUCAAAUGAUACCAUAGUUCUUUGAAAGUAAUAUAUAAUCUCUUAUAUGUUGAUAUAGGUAGGGUAUAUAUAUGUACAUUAAUAUUCUAUUUUAAUGGUAUGUACAAAUUGUUUUCCUUUAAAAUAAUUUUGUUAUAGAGCCAUAGCAGACUUCCACUGUGAUUAUGAAUUAUCAUUCUUAUAAUUUUGUUAUUUUUUUCUCUUUAUUUUGAAGUUCUGUAACUAGGUGCACACACGACUGGGUGCUUUUUUGUGUGAAGUGUUCCUUUUUAUAUAAGGACCACAUUUUUCGUAACAAAGUACUAUAAUGCAUUCAUAAUAAAUGGUCAAACACUAUGUAGUGCUUCUCAUAGACAAGCGGGAAUGCCUUAUAAUUAACUGUUGAGUACUCUGGAUAAAUAUCAAUGUAUUCUGUCAUUACUCCCAGUUUACCAAUGAAGAAGUUAAUAGGGCACACAUCAGUUCACUUGCCCUAGUUCUCUGGCUAAUAAUAGUAUAGUCCUGAUUUGAACAUAAGACAGUCCAUUAUUUUAAUACUAGCUUAUCUGUUGAGCAUCUUUUGGGAACUGUUGUAUAGGUAUUUGCUGAAUUGAAAUAUUAUCUCCUAGAGGACACAAGGAUGCCCUGAAUGACAUCGGGAGAGGAAGCUAAUGAAACAGGAAACUUGUCAAACCUUCAGGACUCAAAAUGUUCAGGGGCCAUCCCCCAGGAUAUGAGUAGUAAACAAUUGCUGCUGUAUGUGUGGAACUGCCAAUAAAGUGGGAGGGGAACCCCAAGAAUGCAGCUUAUUUUCAUGCAGGGAUAGGGUUUUUGGUGUUACAGCUACCUCUGAGUCAUCCCUACUCCUUUAAGUAACUUUGAGCAAUCCGUUGGUUUGCCAAGCCAGGCUUGAUGGAAUUGUUUCCUUAAUUUGGCUCUCGCACCCUAUCUGUGGAAUUACAUCUCCACAGAAAGUCAUACAGCAUGAAAAGGUGCCCAUAUAGGGACAAACAGAACCAAGGAUCUCUUAGCUACAUGGGUUCUGUAUGGUAUUUAAGAUGUACUCCUCAAGCCAGUCCUUGUGAGAUUGGAAUUGGGGGGCAAUGCUGAUACAGGAGAUAGUGUGUCUCCUUUGCUUUAGUGGUAAUUCCAUGCUGUCUGAUACGAAUGAUAAGACAUGCAAACAAGACUGAGCCAUCUGAAAGUAGAGUAUCUUUGGGAAGAAGUCUGGGGUGGCAACUUUAUUUCUGUUGCUGUGUUAAAACAGUGACCAAAAAGGAGGGCUGCUGAGAAGCCAAGGACAAUGCCACUGGGUUUUGAUCCUACUUCAUGUUCUGGCUUUGUGGGAGCCUAGCCAGUUUGGAUGUCCACCUUCCUAGACCAGGAUGGAGCGGGGAGGACUUUGGACUUUCCACAGGGCAGGGAACCCUGACUGCCCCUCAGACUGGAGAGGGAGGGGGAGAGGAGUGGGGGGAGGGGGAGAGGAGAGG